AUGCACAUCUACAUCCACUACAUCUGCAUGCACAUCUACAUCUGCUACCCCUCCAUGCACAUCUACAUCUGCUACCUCUGCAUGCACUACUACAUCUGCUACCUCUCCAUGCACAUCUACAUCCGCUACCCCUCCAUGCACAUCUACAUCCGCUACCUAUGCAUGCACAUCUACAUCCACUACCUCUCCAUGCACAUCUACAUCCGCUACCUCUGCAAGCACUACUACAUCUGCUACCUCUCCAUGCACAUCUACAUCCGCUACCCCUCCAUGCAUAUCUACAUCUGCUACUUCCCCAUGCACAUGUACAUCUGCUACUUCUCCAUGCACAUGUACAUCCUCUACCUCUACAUGCAUAUCUACAUCUGCUACCUCUCCAUGCACAUGUACAUCUGCUACCUCUCCAUGCACAUGUAUAUCCAUCCACACCUCUGCAUGGAUAUCUACAUCUGCUACUCUCUGCAUCACUACUACAUCUGCUACUUCUCCAUGCACAUGUACAUCCUCUACCUCUGCAUGCAUAUCUACAUCUGCUACCUCUCCAUGCACAUCUGCAUCCGCUACCUCUCCAUGCACAUCUACAUCUGCUACCUCUCCAUGCACAUCUACAUCUGCUACCUCUCCAUGCGCAUGUACAUCCUCUACCUCUGCAUGCAUAUCUACAUCUGCUACCUCUGCAUGCACUACUACAUCUGCUACCUCUCCAUGCACAUUUACAUCUGCUACCUCUGCAUGCACUUCUACAUCUGCUACCUCUCCAUGCACAUCUACAUCUGCUACCUCUCCAUGCACAUCUACAUCCGCUACCUCUGCAUGCACAUCUACAUCCGCUACCAUUCCAUGCACAUCUACAUCCGCUACCUCUGCCUGCAUAUCUACAUCUGCUACCUCUGCAUGCACAUCUACAUCCACUACCUCUGCAUGCAUAUCUACAUCUGCUACUUCUCCAUGCACAUGUACAUUGUCUACCUCUGCAUGCACAUCUACAUCCGCUACCUCUGCAAGCACUACUACAUCUGCUUCUUCUCCAUGCACAUGUACAUCCUCUACCUCUGCAUGCAUAUCUACAUCUGCUACCUCUCCAUGCACAUCUGCAUCCGCUAUCUCUCCAUGCACAUCUACAUCUGCUACCUCUCCAUGCACAUCUACAUCUCUACCUUCUGCAUGCACAUCUACAUCCAUACCUUCCUUUCACUACUACAUCUGCUUCUUCUCCAUGCACUGUACAUCCUCUACCUCUGCAUGCACAUCUACAUCUGCUACCUCUCCAUGCACAUCUACAUCUGCUACCUCUCCAUGCGCAUGUACAUCCUCUACCUCUGCAUGCAUAUCUACAUCUGCUACCUCUGCAUGCACUACUACAUCUGCUACCUCUCCAUGCACAUCUACAUCUGCUACCUCUGCAUGCACUUCUACAUCUGCUACCUCUCCAUGCACAUCUACAUCUGCUACCUCUGCAUGCACUACUUCAUCUGCUACCUCUGCAUGCACAUCUACAUCUCUUACCUCUCCAUGCACAUCUACAUCUGCUACCUCUGCAUGUACACCUACAUCUGCUACCUCUCCAUGCACAUCUACAUCUGCUACCUCUCCAUGCACAUGUGCAUCCUCUACCUCUCCAUGCACUACUACAUCUGCUACCUCUGCAUGCACAUCUACAUCUGCUAA